UUAAAACAGGCAAACAAGCCAGUCGAAUUUAUGAUUUAAUGCAUUAAUCUGAACAGAAAAAUAUGACUUGUUUAAAAUGAAAAAUGAAAUGCUUUGAUUUUUUUCUUUUCCAGCUCAUUUCAAGAUGUUUUGCCAUGGUUGCCAACAGUCGCAGCAUGCAUAAUGGACCAAUAUACGAACUGCGGACCUACAGCAUUUACCCUAAAGACUUCAAAAGCUUUAUCCAACUGUCAGCAGAGCACCUGCAUUUAAGAACCAAACAUUCUAAGCUGACCGGGUACUGGAUCAGUGAGAUAGGGGGAAUCAGUGAUGUUGUUCACAUUUGGGAAUACGAUUCUCUGAAGCAUAGAGCAGGGGUGAGAGAGGCACUGGCACAUGACCCUAAUUGGCUUGCUCAGUACAUCAGUAAGAUAAUGCCUAUGUUGGAUCGUCAAGAUAAUGUACUGCUGAAACUGACCAGCAAGGGCAGCCUAGUACAGGCAGACAGUGGAGGUGUGUAUGAACUUUGCUGCACUGAAAAACCUUUGAAGGAUCUCCCCAAGGAAAAAGGAGAUGCACAGUUACUUGGAACCUUUUCCUCUCUCAUAGGAUCUCUCAGUUCAUCAUACCAGUUGUGGCAUCACAAAUCUAUUGAUGACAUUGUUACCAGUGCAGCAGGAGGCUCUUAUGGAUCUUACUGUACUAGAAGUCGCCUUCUGCUUCCCACUGCUUGGUCCCCAAUGAAGUAAACAAAAAAAAAAUGCUGCAUUUUUGGAGGAUUGAAAUAUAUAAAUUUUGGGAGAAAUAAUUUGGGAAGACCAAAAAAUG